CCAUUUAAUUUAAUUUCGACUGAUUUUUUUACAUUAAUACAAAGGAACAUUAGGGGGAAUCUGAAACUAGGUGUUUUAUGAUGCCGAACAACUUUCUGCAAAAGAACAGCUGGGAAUUGACUGACCACCUUAGACUUUUGAAAACUGGGUCAGGUGACGGACUCUUAGCCGUUAUGAGAGCAGCAGAAGACCUCCCACCUGUCCGUUAUUCAGGUGGUAGUAAAACUCAAUUUGGUCGCGUGCCCCUGCAGUGUUGCCUAGCUUGGGAAGUCCCAGCCUGAGGACAGAAGUGCAGCUCGCGGGUCGGAACAGUUUCCCUGGCAACGCGUAAUUAACGGGUUCAACAUGCCCGUCGACUUCAGUGGCACGUGGAACAUGGUCAGCAACGACAAUUUUGAAGGGUGGAUGUUGGCAGUCGGAAUCGACUUUCCCACGCGGAAGAUCGCCCGGCUGCUGCGGCCGCAGAGGGUCAUCGAGCAGAGCGGCGACGUCUUCACCAUGAGGACCGUCAGCCCCUUCCGGAGCUACAGCUGCUCUUUCAAGAUGGGGGAGGAGUUUGAGGAAUUCACCAAGGGACUGGACAACAGGAGGAUCAAAACUGUGGUGAACUGGGAUGGUGACAGAAUCGUGUGCGUUCAGAAGGGAGAGAAGGAGAACCGAGGCUGGACCCACUGGAUUGAGGGAGAUCGGCUGUACAUGGAGCUUCGCUGUGAGGAUCAAGUCUGCAGACAAGUUUAUAGAAAGAGAUGUUGAUCUUGUAACAAUUUUGUAUAAAAUAUUGAAAUGGUCAAUGCAAGCACUUAAUUAUCUGCUAUGUGAAAAAGCAAGUUAUUAAUUAUUUUUUGUUUACAAACAUGUACUUUUUAGCAUUUAGUUUUUUAAUCCCCAUGUACAGUAAAAACAUUAUUUUACUUCACCUAUGUAAAAUGGGGCUGGUGACUUAGUGGUUUAGUGUCCUUAGGAAUUACAGUUAAUAAUAAAAAAUGUAACUAAUUUUCUCUCACAUUCGUCCAAGUGAAGCCCACAAAAAAAUCCUCUAACAUACUCAGUAAUCCAGGCUUGUUCUCUACAACACAACAUCUGGUCUGUUUCCAUGGAAUUUUCCCCUCUUGAAUUUUACAGCAAUACUGGCUACUAGGCUGUUAACUGGUGUGGCCACUAGAGGGCCCCCUUGCACCCUUUUCCUUAUUUGAAUUUAGGCGCUAUAAUGAGAGCUUCUGGGAUUGCUUACCACUGGACGGUUGUGUUGGUUUGUUCAGACGGAUGGAGUUCUGUUUUGAGUGCUACAUGCGAUGCAAUCCAGAUAUAGCUGUUCUGUACACAUACAAUAUGUAGAUGAAAAGGGUGUUCAGCCAUUGGCUUAACAAAAUGUUUCAGAGUUGAGAGUAAAACAAUUUUUCCUCAAACUGAAUGAGUCCACUUUGGUAGUUUAUGUGGUAAGGAGGAAACUUAUCUUCAGCGCGAGAGCGACAGCAACAAUUAAACACAUGAUCAUCGCCAUAUAAACACUUGACAGUGACAGAGCCAGUGACAAAUCACUUUCAACUGAACAGGCAACAUUUGCGUUGUAGUCUAAAUUGGGUAAAAAGGAAAUGGAAAUCCUUAUUGAACCAAAGCUAUUGUGCAUAA